UGGAAUAAUAUGGUAUUUUGUUUGAAGUUUAAUAUUAAUUAAAUUAUUUUUAUUUCUUUAUUUAUAUUUUAAUAGAGUAUUUAUUAAUUAAUAUUAUUGUAAUAUGUUUAUAUAUGUGCUAGUUAUUUAUAAAAGUUUUAUGAAUUCAAAUUAGUUAUGACAAAUAUAAGGACCAUAUUAUAAAAUAUAAGGACCAUAUUAUAAAAUAUAAAUAGUUUUGAAGUUGAGUUUAAAGUUUUUCUUUCGAAGAAGAACACCUUUAAACUUUGAAUAUAGAGUUUUGGAAACUUCAAAAUAGAAUUCAUUUUUGGAGAUGCUCUCGAGACGUUGUAAACGACACCAAGCACACUGCAUUUCCCUAUUAGAAAUAAAUUUUUAUUAUCUGUCACUUAGGUUGCAUUUUGUCAAUUUUCUCGUUGAACAUAUAUGAAAAUACCAUAAUCCCUUAGUAAAAAUUAUUAAAUGAAACCAAAUGAUCACUUAUUAAUUGAAUUUUGUGAUUCUGCCUUCUUAAAGACCCAAUAACAGAUUUAGAAAUUAGAACCCAAAUGGUUAUGAUGGUAUUCAUUUUCUCAAAGAAAUUUCUGUUUAAUCAUAGAUAUGUCUUUGUAUAUACACAAUAUGAGAAGAAAACUGAAACACAUUAACUGUUAAGAAAAACAUACAGAGCAAAAAAGACGUUGGAUCAAAAAUGCUAUCAGAAAUUUCAGUAACCAUAGUACCAUACCAUAAUACCACAGAGAACAAAAAAACAAAAUAAAAGGAAGAAUGAGAAGAAUUGUCGGAGGUUAUUAUCCAAUAAAUAUAGAUGAUUUAAUGCUGUUUUAAAAAUAUUUUAGUAAGCAAAUAUCUGACGUGGAAUAAAACAAAAAAUGGAAAAGCUGAGUACGGAGUCUGGAGACUGGAGCAUACGGAUCCCUCUCUCGCCGCCUCUGGUGCUAAAACGCCUUUUGCAGUUUUCGUCCUCUUUCCAUUUUCUCUCCCUCUUUUUUUUUUUGAUUCAUCAGAAGAAAAAUAUAGAAGCAUUGUGAUUCAUCCACGUUCAAGCACACGCACACGCUUUUCUUCUCGCUCGCUCGCUCUGUCUGCCUGCUGAUUUUUUCGAGAUUCAACGUCGUCGCUCAUACUUUGAUUUCUAUUCUGUUCGUCGUUUUUUUUUGAGGUUCCUUAAUCCUUACUUUCCUUUUUUUUUUUCCAGUGUUUGCGGAAGAUGGAUAAACCGAUGUGCGAGUGUGACGUGGAGAAGAAGAAAAAAGAGGCGGUUCACGUGGUUCUUCAGGUGGAUCUUCACUGCGACGGAUGCAUCUCCAGGAUCGUCAGAUUAGCUGGCUGUUUGGAAGGAGUUGAAAUAGUGAGAGCGGAUCCUGUUUCCAACAAGCUCACUCUCAUUGGGUUCAUGGAUCCAGUGAAGACUGCAGAGAAACUGCAGAAGAAGACCAAGAAGAAGAUCCAGCUGCUAUCUCCCAAGCCUAAGAACGUCACCAAAGUAAACAACGACUCAAAGGCUCAUGUCAAGACUACUAUGAUCGCUGUGAGCACAGUGAGCCUGAAGUUGAAUUGCGCAUGUGACGGUUGCGUCAAGAGGAUUCACAAAACCAUCUCCAAGACCAAAGGUGUCUACCAGGUGAAAAUAGACAGAGAGAAGGAAGUAGUUAGUGUCACAGGGACGAUGGAGUUUAAGACUGUGACAGAGAAUUUGAAAAGGAAACUGAAGAAAACCGUCCAGGUUGUGCCUGAGAAGUUGGAGAAGAAGAAAGAGAAUGCAGCGGGAAUCUCCAAAUCCGGGUCUCCAGGCCUGCCAUGCUACGGUUUCAAUUAUGGGAUUGGGCCUUACGGUUUCAUGGGAGGCCCAAUCACAGAGCUUUUCAGCGAGGAGGAUCCCAACUCUUGCUGCGUUAUGUGAUUUUGAGGCGAUAAAACGAUUGGAGUUGUUUAUCACGGCAAAUAACUAUAGGAGGCGUAUAUAUAUAUGAUAUCUAAGGAACAUCAACUGAAAAGAAAACCCGAAGUCAGGACCGGCAGGUAGAUGUUUUUGUGAUGGACUUAAGACUUGCGUAAAUUGCAAUACUUUUCCUUUUUGAGGGAUGUUGCAACGACAAUACAUGACACUUUUCUAUAGGGUAAUUUUG